UUUAUGUUUUAUAUAUUUUCCCCAAUUGUUUAAAAACAUCAUGUAGUGGCUUACGUGACUUAGAACGCAUGCAAAAGUAGAACUCACCUAAAAGUAUUAUCUGAAAAAAAAAACACAAAUAAUUCAAGUGUUGUAAAUUACUCAUCCUAAAUAAGAAAAAUAAAACAAUAUCUUAACAUGCAACGCACUAUAGCUGUGAUAAUUUUCAACGAAGAAUCCGAUAACAGAGACAAAUUGGAAGUAAUUACAAAUACAUUUUAUAGCUUGAACAUGACUUUGAAAGUUCUUGUUAAUAAAACCGCAAAAGAAAUUAAAGAUGCUGUCGAAAAGUUAACAACAAUAGAUGAGGAAGAUAUUUUGGACAUAAUAUUCUUCAUUUAUGCAAAACAAGCAAACAACUCGAAUACAAAAUUCUCAACUGUUGAUCGUAAAACUAUGGAUCUAUAUGAUAACAUUAUAAAUUAUCUUUUAGAAGUUGAAGACUUUGAAGAUAAGCAAAAAAUUAUAAUCUUCAAUAUUAAUGGACACGAUAAUAAAUCUGAUUUGAAAGCUUAUGAUCCUGAGAAGCAAUUUAAGUGUGCAUUUUACGGAGUUUAUACGUACAUUUUAAUGUCAGACAGUGAAAACUUCAUCGACUUAAUUUUUCCAGAAUUGGUUGAUCAUAGAAAUUUAUCAAGAGCCCUUCGAAAACAUAAGAAAAUACAUGCAGAGGAAACGAGAUCAUUUUCGGGAGAUGUAAGACUGAGUGUACCGCCUUCUAGCACUGAACUAACAUCUGAGUUUCAUGAGUUUGUCAUUGGAUGAAAGAAUCGCAUUUAUAAUAAUUUUUCUAAAAUUUCGUUUAAAAUAUUCUAUAGUCCUAUGUAUUAAAAUAACAAAACUCGUAUCUUAUCUUAUAAAGUGACAAAUUUUCAAUUGAAAUAAUGUUUUAAUAAAAACGAAACUUUUGCAAUAACA